UUUACAAAAGUGAUGCCGGCUGUUUUAAAAUAUCUUUCCCAGUUGUUUUAAAUCGUUUUUCGUAAUUUUUGGCUCUAUUCCUCGCCUAUUUCCGUGUGGUUUUUACACUACGCGUAUAAUGGCGAGCUCGGCUAACUCGAACCCAGUGCCUAAAUUAUACAAGAAUGUGAUUGACGAUGUGAUCAAUGAGGUGCGAGAGCUGUUCCUGGACGAGGGAGUAGAUGAGCAAGUUCUUCUGGAGCUGAAAACGCUAUGGGAGAACAAGCUGUUGCAGUCCAAGGCAGUGGAGGGCUUCCAUACUGACGAGCAGACAGCCCUGCAGGCUGCACAGCAGCAGCAACAACAAGUUCAGCAGGUCCAACAAGUCCAGCAGGUGACCCAGCCAGCUCAGACCCAGCAAGUCAUCCUGCCGCCCCAGCAACAGCAAGCUCCCCAGCAGCAAGUCAUUGUUCAGGAAUCUAAGCUUAUACACAUGGGUGGAACGGGGAUGAGUGCAGCAGCUACCGCAGCAACCCUGGCUUUGCCCACAGCGGUCACCCAAUACCAACAGCUCCUCACCAGCCAAGGCCAGAUCCUGCAGGUAGUCCGUGCUCCCAACGGGGCUCAGUACAUCAUCCAGCCCCAGCAGCAGAUCCUCCUGCAGCAGCAGAUGCAGCCUGGUGGCGUGCAGGCACCGGUAAUACAGCAGGUUCUGGCUCCUCUGCCGGGAGGCCUAUCCCAGCAAGCAGGAGUCAUCAUACAGCCGCAGCAGAUUGUCUUAACCCCAGGAAACAAAGUCCAAGGCAAUACACAGGUGAUGCAAGCAGCAGCUAUGGCGCCACAGCCCAGUCAGGCAGCAACAGCUCAGGUCCAGCAGGUUCAGCAGGCCCCAGGAGCGACUGCACCACAAGCCUCAGCGCAGCCUCAGGCCCAACAGCAGCAACAGGCUCAGCCCCAGGCACAGCAGCCUCCCAUGAUGCUGCAGGUGGACGGAACCGGAGACACGUCUUCAGAAGAGGACGAGGAUGAGGAGGAGUACGACGAAGAUGACGAUGAGGAGAAAGACAAGGAUGGAGCAGAAGAUGGGCAGGUUGAAGAGGAGCCGCUGAACAGUGGAGACGACGUCAGUGACGAAGAGGACCAGGAGCUGUUUGAAACAGACAACGUAGUGGUGUGCCAGUACGACAAGAUUCACAGAAGUAAGAACAAAUGGAAAUUCCACCUGAAGGAUGGGAUCAUGAAUCUGAACGGGAGAGACUACGUCUUCUCCAAAGCCAUCGGGGAUGCCGAGUGGUGAAGCAGAAAAAGGAACGGGAGAAAGCAACAGGAGCAGGAUCUCUGUAACUCCUUCUAUCCAGUUAACAGACAGUUUAGCAUCCUUCCACAUCCUGUGACUGGAUUCAUUCAGGAAACUGUUUCUGAGACUCAGAACUCUUGAGACAAACCCAAAGGACUGUGAGGUACUGUAAAACCCGGGUGUAGUCAGAAAACACUCGACUAGCCUUGCGGGAUGAGAAACCAACAGAGGAAGGGAAAAGCCCCGUGAGCCGAGCGCCGUUUCUCUUUAUUUCUUCUUCCAGGCUUCUCUGCCUUUUUUCCCCCCAGAGGAUUCACCUAACUUUGGAAAGAAAGCAUUUCACCAUCAUACAGGUGUAGAGGACCAGGGUGACCUCGGCUUCCCUGCCACACAAGGACAGAGGUCAUUCGUUAUAACCCCAUAGAUGAGAAACACCUUUGCAAUGCACUGUAGUCGGUUGACUGGAUUGACUCGUGUCUACGUUCGUGUCCAAACUUAGUGCCACCAGUCGAGAUCGCUGCCUUUAGAACGACCAGAAUCACCUGUUUUUGGCUUCUUCUUUUUUUUAUCCUAAUUCUGUCUGAAUUCACGUUUAUGAAAAAGGUGCUCCAGAGUGUUUUUAUGUAGGUGACCUGUUCUUUAAACAUUAUGUUUUAAAUGCGUUUAAUGAAGGAGUUAAAAAAGAAGGUAAAAUAACAUCACCUUACAAUAACUCUUUUUUUUUUUUUAUGAUUUUUUUAUUUUAUUUUAUUUUUUAU